AAUCCGUUCAUUACGGAGCUAACCAUGAUCACAAAAUCAGAAGCCUCAAAAACAAAACGUACCGUGAGUUGCUGCGUGUACGAAUUAGCUGAAAGAAUUUAAGUUCAAUUAGCAAAAAUCAACAGAAAUGGCAGACUUAUUUACUAGCACUACCACAUACGAAGACAAUAGUAAAGGAAAAAGUGGCAGCCAAGCUGAAUUGGAAGAAUUUGUGAUGGUUGAGAAGCAGAAAGCUCAAUUUAAUGCACAGAUACACGAGUUUAAUGAACUCUGUUGGGAGAAAUGCAUGGAUAAACCAGGUAGCAAAAUAGAUAGUCGGACAGAGGCAUGUCUGACCAAUUGUGUAGACAGAUUCAUAGACGUAUCGCUUCUAAUUAGUAACAGAUUUGCGCAGUUACUACAGAAGAGUGCUGGUGGAAUGUAAAAAGUAGGUAAAUUAAUCAAAAAUAUGUAAUAAAAGAAUUAUUUAAUGCUGGUAAAUUUUGUCAAGAAUUCUAUGGAAUUAAAUGUUUGUCAAAUCUUAAUUUGGCUUUACAAGUUACACAGCAAGGGCAAAAUCGUACAAAGCAAGAAAAGAAGUAAAUGAAGAAUUUUCUUUUGUGGGGAUAGUCGAUCUGUGGUUAUAAAUAGAAUAAAACUCAAUGAAUAAUA